UCCUGUUCAGUUCUCACUGAGGAGAGACAGACAGACGGAGAGACAGACGGUAAGAUUUACCUUCAUUACAAAGCUGUGACUUUAACUGAGGGAGGACAGUUACAGGACGGAGGACUGAAGUACUCUGAAGUUCUUCAACCUGCUGCUGACUGUUAAAACUCUCAAAGACUCAAAGUGAAAGUAACUGAGGCAACUUUUUACAGCAGGGCGGGAACCAUAACCGACCAACCUGUUUAACGUGUUGUCUGCUGUUUCCAGCUGCACUCAGAGACAAAUGGCUUCCAGAUUAGAGGAGGGUCUCUGCUGUCCGGUCUGUCAUGAGGUCUUUAGAGAUCCUGUUGUUCUGUCAUGCAGCCACAGCUUCUGUAAAGACUGUCUGAAGAGCUGGUGGAAGGAGAAACCAACACGUGAGUGUCCAGUUUGUAAAAGAAGAUCUUCGAGGAGUGAACCACCUUUAAACCUGACUUUAAAGAACCUGUGUGAGAGUUUCUUACAGGAGAGAGAUCAGAGAUCUUCAGAGGCUCUCUGCAGUCUGCACUCUGAGAAACUCAAACUCUUCUGUCUGGACCAUCAGCAGCCAGUGUGUCUCGUCUGCAGAGAUUCAAAGAAACACACCAACCACAGAUUCAGACCCAUCAAUGAAGCUGCUCAGGAUCACAAAGAGGAGCUCCAGAAAUCUCUGAAGCCCUUAAAGGAGAAGUUAAAGGUUUGUGAAGGAGUUAAAGUGAAGUUUGAUCAAACAGCAGAACACAUGAAGGUCCAGGCCCGACGCACAGAGAGGCUGAUUAAGGAGCAGUUUAAGAAGCUUCGCCAGUUUCUAGAAGAGGAAGAGGAGGCCAGGCUGGCUGCACUGAGGGAGGAAGAGGAGCAGAAGAGUCAGAUGAUGAAGGAGAAGAUGGAGGCUCUGAGCAGAGAGAUAGCAGCUCUUUCAGACACAGUCAGAGCCACAGAGGAGGAGCUGAGAGCUGAAGACGUCUCAUUCCUGAACAACUACAAGGCUGCAGUGGAAAGAGUCCAGCAGCGCCCCCUGCUGGAGGAUCCACAGCUGCCCUCAGGAGCUCUGAUAGACGAGGCCAAACACCUGGGCAACCUGACCUUCAACAUCUGGAACAAGAUGAAGGACAUGGUCUCCUACACUCCUGUGAUUCUGGAUCCAAACACUGUUUAUCCAAAACUCAUCCUGUCUGAAGAUCUGACCAGUGUGAGACGAGGAGAGAAACAGCAGCUUCCUGAUAAUCCAGAGAGGAUUGAUUCUCUCUGGUCUGUUCUGGGCUCUGAGGGCUUUAACUCAGGGACUCACAGCUGGGAUGUCGAGGUUGGAGACAGUACAGUCUGGAGACUGGGUGUGUUAGCAGAGUCUGUCCAGAGGAAGGGAUACAUACGGUCUGGAUUAUGGAGAAUAUUGUUCUCCGGAGGUAAAUACUAUGCACGGUCACCAUCAGCUCCACUCACUGAUCUCGUAGUUCAGAAGAAGCUCCAGAGGAUCAGAGUGAAUCUGGACUGGAACAGAGGAAAGCUGUUGUUCUCUGAUCCUGAUACUAACACACACAUACACACCUUCACACACACUUUCACUGAGAGGAUGUUUCCAUUCAUUAACACUGUGGAUAAAGUGAAGAUAUUACCAGUGAAGGUCAGUGUGACAGUGGAACAGAGCAGUUAGAGAUAAAGAGGAUGAUUAUAUUCAUCAUGUUUUAAAGGGAAAAGUCUCUGAAUAGUAAAAUGAUCUUUUAUUAAAUGAGUGUAUGUGUGAGGGACGAGUACAGAGACACUGACAGCAGAGACACACACUUUAUCUACAGAGCUCAGAGUCCUCAAUGUGCUGUGAACGAGUUAUGUAUAAUAUCAAUUAAUGGACAUUUUUAAUGAUCAUUCUUUAGAGUGCAUAAAGGCACAAAAUCUACACACUUGUGAUAUAAAACUUGACGACAAUAAUGUCAGUAUCAUGUAACGGUCCUCGCAGUGGAACAAAGAUCAACUUGUGUUUUUUUUGGCUUUUAGUUUCUAACAUUUUAUUCUCUUUUUACGCAUAUUGUUUAAUGAUGUGUAUUUUUAGACCAUCUUAAACAACGUGGCCUGAAAUAAUCCCCAAGUACACAAACGUACAGAUUGAAACCAUCCAUAUAAAUAUUUAAUUAAUGAAAUAUUAUUAAUAUGAUUAUUAUAUUGAUAUAAUAUUGAUUACUAAAACAGACCCGACUUUGUUAAUCUUGUUCUUGCUCUGUGUAUAUAUAUAUAUAUAUAUAUAUAUAUAUUAUAAUAAGUGGAAAUGUUACAAGGGCAAUAGUUUCUUUGUUACAGCACAAAAAAUAAUAAAUAUUUGGUAUCUAUGAUUAGGACUGAAAGUAGAAAAUCAUGUUAUUAUUAUUAUUAUUAUUAUUAUUAUUAUUAUUAUUAUUAUUAUUAUUAUUAAUAUUGUACAGUUUGAUUCUGAUGAGUAAGUAUUUGAUAUUCAACAAAUAAUAAUAAUGUAUAUAAAUAAAUGUUGCUGCAAUAAUCCAACCAUAAAUAAUCCAGUUUGCAUAAAGUAUAAUGAAGAUAAGUCUUUUGUUUUAUAUGAUUAUCUGUGAGGUAAAAUGAGUUUUACUGCCCAGUUGUUUGCUCUGAGAUAUUAUAUAUAAAUAAUAUAUAUACAUCUAGUAACUUGCUUAGAAUAUGUUGCACACUAUUGAACUGCACAUUUCAUAUAGUGUAUAUAUAUAUUUCAUUUAUAGUUUUAUAUAUUCUCUUAUAUUGUGAUACUAUUGUAUGAACACUGUACUCUUUAUAUAACUUUAUUAAAUUAUACACAUAUAUUACACCUUAUAUAAACAUUUUAGUGAACAAACAAUAGAGGGGCAGUUAUUGCUAUAGAUAUAUACAUUUGUGUAUGAAGUGAGGCUGUGAUGGAUUGUUGAUAUUAAUGACAGUCUGAGAGGAAGCUGAAUAUGUGUGUGUUUGUUGUGCUGGAGGGAUGGGCCAAUGGAUUGUGUCAAUGUUUUAAUGACUGUCAAAUUCAAACAAUAAAGAGAGAAUUAUGAAAUGGAAAAAUAAAUCUGAUAUUGAGCAA